UGUCAAAAUGAUGCCAAAAAAUUUGAGUUGACAGUACAAAAUUUGCAUAGCUCGAGUGAGCCAGUUCUCAGACCGAUUCCUGUACCAAUAAAUCUUACGUCGACAACUGACGGACAUUCAUAAUGCGAAUCAUAAGAAUAGAAUGAUCAUAUCUUCAGAAAUAGAAUUUUCAUAAAAUCAUGAACGCAUCGUUAUCUCCUCGGGACAUUCCUGUCUUUGCAGGAAAUUGUCCAUCCACUCCUUCCGGAAUAACAUGGUUUCUCUACGCGGCUGAAAUUCAGCCAGGCAAAUCCGCAAUACUUGCAGGCAACCACCUAGUCUUUUAUGGAAUGCAUAUAACUGCAAUUGUGUUUAUCUUAAUUUCAUUAGUGUCAUGUGUCUCCGUAAUCGUCAGUGUUUGCCGAAAUAAACGGGACCAUUGGGAUUUUUCUGAUAGAUUUCCGUUCUACUUGGCCAUUUCGGAUACAUUGUGGGCCUUAUCGAAUUUAUCCGGGGAUCACAUCGUUCUACUGAUUCGCCCUCAAUAUCCGGAAAAACGAGUUGCGGCAUUGUUGGGGAUCAACGUGUUUUUAUUUUUCGGUUAUCAACAACUCAUGAACGCUGGCUUAUCGUUAUUCACAUAUAUGAAAGUUGUACGACGGGUCAAACUAAGGCUGGGUUCGUGGGAGUGGAAACUUCACACUUUCGUGAUCAGUUUACUAUUAAUCCAAGUUGGCAUUUAUUGGUGUUUCGGUGCAUUUGGAAGUUCUGGAUAUUUGUUUUUGCUCGACAUUAACAAACUUUCUGGGAUAAUAUUAGGAGUCAACGUUUGCAUUUCCUGCAGUAUUCACGCAGUCCUCACCCUCGUGGCGUAUCGGGCCAUUCAAAACGUUAUAAACAACCAGGAACACACUUUCUCAAUGAACAUCAUUCCAUCCCCAAAACAACAAUUGCAUCAAUUUAACAACAACAAUAGUACACAAAUUAUCAUUCCAACAACUGAAACUGAACAACGCCUUCCUCACCUUUUGAGGCGUCACUACUCCACCACGACGGAAUGCUUGACCACAUUCAUCUACAUUUCGAUCUGCUUGUACGUUCCUUUCGCAGUGGUCGGUUGGUCAUGUGCAAUCUUUUCGUGUUUUGGUCUAAUAGAACCCUUAAGUGCUUUUGCAGCAGUGAUCGCUGCAAAUUCAGGCGGUUGGGUAAAUGCGUUGGGGUAUUUUCGUAACAAGAAAGUGAAAGAGAGGCGAAGAAAAAUACUGAUGAGGGAUAAUUUCAGAGUUACCCUUUGUUUCGUGUCGGAUAAUCAUCCGAGUGUAUAUCUAGAUAAGUAAUUAACGGAAAUAAAACACAUGUAUUCAGAAA